AUGAGCCAAGCAGAGACCAGCAUGGUGGAUAAAAAGCGGCCUCCGGUGAAAGUGCUGUCUGCCCAGCUGCGCUCCGCGGGACUCCGGGAGGGGGCAGGCGUGGGGACCGAUGGGGUACAGAUCAGGGUGAGUCCAGGUCGCUGUCUUCUUGUGUCUCUGGUCUGGAUGCAGGGAACGGUCCUGGACGUGCAGCUGGACCGCAACACGGUGCUUCUGAUGGACGAGACUGGUACUUUUACUGUGCAUGGAGUCAACAACGUUCCCAAAGGAAAGCCCUGUUUGAUACAAGGCAAAUAUGUCAUGGUGAUGGGUGUCAUCCAGGCAACGUCCCCGGAGCCAGUCAUCCGUGCAAUGAAGAUGGCAGACCUCUCGGAGCAGGCGGAGCUUCACCGGGGGAUGUGGAAGCUGGAGGUGGAGGACUUGCAACGGGUGAUGUCUUCGAUGCAGAGAUAG